CGGUGUUUGUCUCGUCAAGGUUCAUCAACAUGUCAUACCGCGUUUAAAAAACGCAACAUGAAAUAACACGCCACAUUUAAAAACUAGAUAUGGCACACCUGAGCUUGUUACCUAUACACUGUGGUCAAGCAAGCUCAUAGUAAAACCUGGAAUGGAUGACAGUGCUAUGCAAUGGGAGUCUUGCUGCCAUCCCUGCCGUCUGUGUUGAGUUCUUGUUUCCCAAACACAGUGAAAGCAUGGCAAUGCGUAGCACAAAGCAUGUCUGUAGUGAGCCAGCCUCUCGUUGUGCUGCUGCUUCCCCUUCUACUCCCCCUGUGCUGGGCCAGGGCUGCCAGACCAGCUCAGGACUGCCCCUCCUGCCAGGGCCCUGGGGCAGUGCCAGGGAAGAAGGCUGUGGAAGGAACCAGGACGAUGGGGGAAUCCUGCGGAGUCUACUCCUCUGGCUGUGCCCCUGGGCUGCGCUGUGUGCCCCGUCUUGGGGAGGGAAGCCCCCUGCAAGCCCUGCUACAUGGGAGAGGUGUCUGCACCAGGGUGUCUUCACCAGGGAAAGUUGACUAUGCCACCCAAACACAGCCAGGUGGAAUCCUGCCCCAUAAUAACCACACGCUGCUGAACUCCAGCGCAGAGGAAGGGACUAUCGAAAAGGCUCCCUGCGGGCAGCACUUGGAGGCUGUCAUGCAGGCGCACAAACUGACCGUAAUCCGUCAUGUAAAAGACAUGUACAUACCCAACUGCGACCCAAGAGGAUUCUACAGAAAAAAACAGUGCAGAUCAUCAAAAGGCAUGCGGAGGGGGGUGUGCUGGUGCGUCAAUGAAUUUGGACACCCCCUCCCAGGACAGAGCAGAGGAGAGGCUUCCCUGAAGUGUGAUGGAGAGUGAGGGAGGAGGAGAGGAGCUGAACACCUCAUCACCUAACGUAUCACAUUCUCUCUGCAUUGCACAUUUCAUUGAUCUUUCACGAGGAGAGUUAGGAGCCUCACGAUCUCGACUAUUUUCCUAAAACUGACAUUUUUAUAUAGAACAAUAAUAUUAAUGAUGGUAAUAAUAAUACCACAUGUUUAUUCUUAAUUUAUUCUCGAAUCAAAUAUAUAUAAUGUUCUUUUUUAUGAUGUUGUUAUUAUUAUUUUUUUAUUAUUAUUAUUAUUAUUACAAAUAUCUUCAUGUAAUGGCCUCCAGGAGAUUCAAACACAUUUAAAAAUAAUAAUUAUUGUAUAGAUCGAAGAAGUAAAAAAAAAAAAAAAAAAAAAAAUUA